UUAAUGCUAUGAUAUAUUUCAUGUCACGGAGCCUGACUAUUACAACAAGUGGAGCGGUAAAAUUCGAUUUACGCACACGAACAACUUCUUAAACUUCAAGAAAAUGUAGGAAAUUGAUGUCCUUUGUUCGUCCUUUUUUGGUCAAAGACAUAGUAGAAAUGGAAGAUAGAAGUGCAUUUCAAUUGUCGAAUCCAUGGAUAUCGGAAGAUCGAACAACUGCGGCUGUUUGUAGCGCCAUUCGUCUGGCGGAGCGAAGUGGUCAUUUAAAAACGAGGAGGGAUGAAGCAUUAGCUGAGAUGGUCCAAUCUCUACAGGCCACUUCACCGUCCUUGCAUCUCAUGAAACAGUUGAAAGAAAUGACGGCAAAAGGUCAACAACUAGACAAGACAACUACAGAGAUUCAGUGCCGAUUGAUGGACAAGGAGACAAGGGACAUCACACACCUUGGUAUUCUUGAAUCCAAGAUUUCUCAGCUGGACCUGCUCAGUUCACACCUUCAGGCCGUCGUGCAGAGCAAGGACCAUCUCAUCAAUCGCCUGCAGCAGCCCUUCGUCGGCGACUACCUAAAGAUUGAGGCCACCUACCACAGGCACGUCAAAGAGCUCUUCCCAUUGGUCGCUUCGUGCCUGGCGGAGCUCAGCAGCAACCUGGAGACCAUCCAAUGGACAAGCGGCUUUGACAUGAAGGACGGGAAAAUGGACGGAGCACUGACGGCAAUCUCCACUUCACUGGCCCACCUCCAGACAAGCUUUCAAACCAUCUGUCAACUGCGGAACACACUGGACAAUUUUGAGUCACAGGAUUCAAGAUGAGUGUUAAACCUACCGUUUAAAAAAAGGACCCCUGUUUUAAAAGAUACGGUUAAACCAUUCAGUCUCUGACUUGACAGACUUCAUUACGAACAAUUUCUGCUCUGGAGACACCAAACCCUGGCACCCAAGGACUUCAACUGUUGGCCUUCUUGCAUUGCUUCGAACGUUGUCGUUGAAUCUUGAGCUGGAGACAGAACCAAAGACAGACAAAGCUGUGUUUCGUAAGCCCCCUUCGGUUCUGGCACUGUCCUUUUUGACAAGUUGAGCGGGGUACGUGAAAG